AUGCGCCCCAACACGGCUCGACAUGAGCGCGAGACGAGCCGCACGGACCGCGCCUCGUGGCCGCUCACGCCCGACGCUCUGCCGUGGCCAACGCCGGGCAACGAGGACGCGAUCAACAGCAACCCGCGCCUGUACGGCGCCACUCGUCCGACUCGCACCGCCGGCGACGGCUCCUACGCGAGGGCCGUACCGCACGUCCCGCACGAGCAGGACCCGCUCGCGCACCUGUUCCCCUCGCCCGUCUCGACCGUCCACCUUCCCGACUCGCACUUUGCCUUCACCGACCGCUCGGGCGAGGUCGACAAGCUGUACGAUCACCACGCCGACAGCCGCCGCCAGACGCCCAACUGGUCGUACCGCAAAGCUCGCGCGCCCGUCUACUACGACGUCCCGCACGACCUCGAGCUGCACGACGACGGCUCGAGGAUGAAGCGCGAGCGCAGCCGCAGCCGCAGCGCGCACGUGCGGCAGGACAGCGGCAACGGCGAGCGGGCGCGCAGCACGUCUCGAGGUCGGCGGUCGAGCACGGCCAAGGACGGCGAGCGCGGCAGGCGCAGCGCGCGCAGCUCGAGCAGCGGCGUCCUACCUCGGGCGCGCUCUCGGUCGGCGUCGACGAUGCUUGAGGAGGAGCGGCGCUCGAGGGCGGGACGACGGCCGAGCGCCAACGAGGGGAGGAACGUGCACGGCCUCGAGGAGGACCCGCUUCUCGACGUCGACCGAGCCUUUCGCGAAGAGGCGGGUCCUCGAGGACGACACGAUGCGCCGCGCUCUAGUCAGACUCGGUCGUCGUCGGCCUCGGUCUCGCCGUCGACCGCGCAUCGGCGAGCGCUGGCGAGCCUGAAUGGCGAGGACGACCUCGAGUCCGGGCGCGACCAUCCUGCCUCGUCCUCUCGCUCUCGACACCUCGCCAGUUUUGACGGUAUCACGUCGCCUCGGCUCGUGCCGAACGACGUGCACGAGCGGCGGCCAUUUCGGAGCCGCAUCACCGGGCGCGAGUGGAAAGUCGGCGGCGGCGUCCUUCUCGUGAUCGUGCUCUGCUCGGUCGGCGGCUGGGCGGCGUGGUUCUUCGGGACCGGGCAGCAGAACAAGGCGUAGCUUUAUCGAGCGUCGACGUGCAGCAGUUCGAG